GACAAGUACAGCAGAAUCCACGUCGUGCUGAAUGGCGAUGAGCGUCUAAUGAUGCAGAUUAUAGACGCAGAGGAGACAUGCAUGACAGAGUGGCUGGAGGCCCAGAGGAGCAUUGUAGAGGCUCAGAUCAAAGAGAUAGAUGCAUUCAGAGCCUCCAGCAAAUCACUUCUCCAGGAAACCAAUGAUCUGCGGUUUCUGCAGGUAGGGUUUACAUGAUCACUUACCGUGACCAGAAGUGUAGCACAAAUAUAGCUCAAAUGUUUCCUGUUGUUUUCAAACAGCAAAUCACAUCACAGAAUCUUUGUGAUCCCUUGGAAUUUGCUCCAAUCCGAGAAGUAAACAGAGACCUCUGUGACCCUGAGAAGCUGAGAACAGUAGAGAGGCUGGUGGAUGAACUCUCGGUCGCUCUGUCCCAACAUUUUCCACGAAUGUGGUCAUACUUAAGUUCUCCUCUCCUAGACUUCAAAACAGCUCAUCCAAAGCUGGAGUUAUCCCAAGACAGAAAACAAGUGUACUGGAGACGCCAACCUUUCGGUGAAGGACAGAGCCCUCAGCCAUAUGACUCACAGUAUAGCGUCCUUGCUCAGGAGAGUUUUACAGGUGGCCAGCAUUACUGGGAAGUCAUUGUCCAAGACAAGCCCUUCUGGAUGAUAGGUGUGACCACGGGGUCAGUCGAUAAAAAAGCCAGUUUAAGCCAGAGUUCUUCCAGUCUGGGUGUAAAUAACACAUCUUGGUGCAUCUACCAUGGAGACGGACAGUACCUGGCGUGCCAUGAUACUCAGGAAAAGCAGCUGUCAGUUGGAAAGAGAGUCAGAAAGCUAGGCAUACUUGCAAACCUCCAGAAGGGGGAGCUGUCAUUCUAUGAUGCCGACGCUAUGAGGCUGCUUCACUCCUUCUGUGUGCAGUGCACAGAACCUCUCUAUCCCAUUUUUAACCCAUGCAUUGAUAUGAAUGGAGUCAACACACAGCCUCUUACCUUGUUUUGGAUAAAGGACCCCUGGGAUUGGCAUACACGUGAGGAGAAAAGUGAACUCACAGGAACCAUUUAACUGCCUCUGUGGGAUGCAGAGUCACUGAUCAAAUAAUUCUUUUAAGUGUAAUUUUCCAUUUGUGCUCACAUAAAAUUACAUUGUGAAAAUGUCCAGCGUGCUGUACAAAUCUAGGUUGUCAAAAAUAUUGACUACCACCAAGUUUCCGUGGUUGGCUUUGACUCUGGUAAAGCUACAACGGCUUUUAACGAAUAUACCUACCUCUAACGUCUUGCUAAAAUUAGGUUAUAUAAUAAUAUAUGAGAAGACACAUCUGCAGACAUAUCCGUACCGUGACUUUAUAAUGUCAAGACUAAAGUUAUGUAAUCAUUGCAGCACUGCCGUUUCUGCAGUUGACAUGUACGCUAAAUAUUUCAUUAAGUGGUAUCAGGUUCAAACAGUGCAUUUGCUCUGUGGCAAAGUCGAUCUCUUUCUGCAGCUUAGCAGCUCUCAUGUGUGCCUUGAUGCAGUUCAUAAAGUAAAUGACCCGUGUGUAAACUGCUCAUCAGACCAUGGAGGACAUGCAUGCCUUUAGUCUCACAUGUCAAUGGCCCUACAGAGUUGUUGCCCUGCACCAGACAAUACACUGAGGUCAAAUAACACGAACAGUAACGCUAUAUGUCUAGAAAAGAUUAAGACACUUAACAAUCUGAUUCACACAAUUCUUUGUGCAUCACGCUUUUGCUCAUUGUAAAUAUAAAUAAAUACCUUUCUGCAGAAGAAGAAGAAGUCUGAAAGUUCACAUUCAACACAAUUAGAAAAUAUAACUCUCUCUUUUUUUGUAAACAGUAACAUUAUGCACCCAUCACAGGGUUUUGAAAGUUCAGCCACCCUAGGGCUUGGUGAGGGCAUACAAGA